GCGGUUAUUUCUCCAAGUUUCAUUGGGUGGCUCCUAUUUGGAUAGCCCAACCAUAUUCUUCUUCAGCACACAGGAACCCCUGUAGAGACUAUGGCCCGACUUUGCACCUUAGGUAUCGAGUGCAGCAUGAAGGUGAAGCUGAGAAGUCUUUAAUUACAGCAGCGUGGGCAAAGUUUGGAAACAAUGGAUUUUGGAGCAUCGUCAACUGACAUCCUUAGCUGCGAUAUUUCGGCAUCUAGUCAAACGUCACAAAUUGCUCAGUGCCUCGAAAAUUUGGAAUCUUCUGCAGCCGGCGUUUCAGAAGGCACUCCUGCAGCGUGCAGCCAAAAUGGCACCCUUCCUAUUUCAUCUAUACCGACUUGGCUUUCCAAUGGCAUGUUGGGCACAACAAGCACGUCCGAUACCCAGUCAACAGGUGCGCUGCCUCCGGUAUCCGAGCUCCGGCCGGGGCCUCGUGCCGGAGGGGGUUUGCAGCUGUGGGCACUUCUGGCGCAGAUGACGAACAAUCAGACUAGUCCAGAGUCACCUCGAGCUGCAACACCCUCGGAGAAACAUGUUGAUGAUAUGCAAGCCUGCGCAACUCAAAAUGUUGAUACAUACCAUAUUGACAACACUAAAAUGCAGGACAUCAAUGAACAAGUUCAUCACCAUAGUUACCAAAUGGAAGCUGCAUAUUCUUAUUGCGACAUCCAGAGGUCAAGCCUCUCCCCUAAUGAAUCACUGCCACCCCUUGGAAUUGAUGUUCAGCAGAUGACACAUACAGAAUCAGUGCUUGAUGUAGACAAUAUGACAUCAGCUUAUCAGCAGUACUCAUGCAUUCCACUCUUAAACAUUCCAAAUAAUAGUGUUUCAUCGGAACAGCCAUCUUCAUUAAAUGGGUUAUUGGAUGACGCUCUUUAUUGCACUGCAAAAUCAAAUUGUAGCAUUCCAUGCCCACAGCAAGUGCAGACAAUUCAGGAAGAAAGGCAAAUUGACAGCCAAUUAAAAGCACCCAGUUUUACCAACCCUAGUGAAAUGAGUAGCAUACAGCAUAUAGUACUUAAGCCAUGUGUGUCUGAUACACAGAGGUUGGUUACGUCUGAGGCAGUCACAAGCCUUAUAGGUGACUCGCUGAAUAAAAGUGCAGGAUUAGCUCCUCCUCCAGCCUCUACAUCUCCUCAGCCUGAUGCUUCUCAUAACAUAAACGGUAGCAGAAGAAAAGAUGUUAAUGAAACUUCCAAUCCAAAGAAUACACAAAAUGAACAAGUUGCACGAAAAGCUGCCAAGAAAAAUUUUUCUGCUGCAAACCUUAUUGAACAGGUUGUCUGCUAUCGUUGCAAGGUUUGCAUGUUUCUUCAUGAAUCAAAAACUGAAGCCCUUAAACAUGCAGAGUUCCAUCAUCAAGGUAACAAGUCAUCUGCCCCUCCUACGCAGAGGAGGUCUACUCAACAAGGCUUUCAACAACCUAUUAAUCGUGCAGAGAAGCGGUUUCUUUGUGGCAAGUGCCGCCGUGGAUUUUUCACGCUUGAUGAUUGUUGUCGUCAUUUAAGCCAAGCCCACCAGGCGAAGUCUAAAAAGAUACGCUUAGAAUGGAUUUUCACCAACCAGCCAGACCAAAUGCGAGCUUCUACUCCAGCUGAAGAAGUGACAUUUGAGCCUGUACCCACCCAAAGUAGUUCCCCAAAACAGCCUGCACCUGUAUUGCCAGAGUUCAGAGCUGGGCCGCCAUGUCAGGUUGCCAUUGGUUCACUGAAGCAGGCUAUCAAGCCUGUGUGCACAACACCAAAGAAGAAAGAGCAGUGCCGUAAGACUUCACCAAGUGAGACAAAUGACUCUGCAAUAUCUUCUCAGAUUGUUUGGAGGCCAGAGAUCAAUAAGGAGCACGGAACUUUCAUCUGUGAACGUAAGGGCUGCAAUAUUCGCUUUCGUGAGCUAGAAAACUUGGAAUAUCACCUCAAGUGUCAUCGAGCUGAUGCACCUGACUUUGCCUGUCCUGAGUGCUCAGUGGUCUGUCUUCGAUGGCGAACCAUGACUGGGCACCUUUGGAGGCACCAUUUGUGUGACAUGGAGCUUCAUCAGUGUGACCAGUGUGACUUCCGCACAUACAGUUUGAGCAAGCUGGAGAACCUUCACAAGCGAACACAUGGGGAGGAGCGGCCUUUUCUUUGCGAUGUUUGCGGCAAAGGUUUUAAAACAGGGAAGCAGCUUCGAAACCACAAGGCCAUUCACAGGCAGGCUUCAGGCCAGUGGUCGGCUGUGGCAGCAGGUCAGGGAAACGGUAGCACCAGCUCGUUGCCAGCGGAGGCAUGCUCUGAGUGUGGGAGAUGCUUUCGUGUGCGACGCCUUCUUCAGCUGCAUCGUGACUCUGUUCAUCGAAAACUGCGCCCUUUCCUCUGUUCUUAUUGUGGCCACCGGGCAUCAUCACAGAGCUCACUCAAGAUGCACCUCCGCCAGCACACAGGAGAGAAGCCCUUUGCUUGCAACCUGUGUGAAUACCGCACAGGUGACCACAACUCGCUCCGCAGGCAUAAGAUGCGACACUCUGGUACCAAGCCCUACAAGUGCCCGCACUGCCCUUACGCCUGUAUCCAGUCCAGUACAUUCAAGAGCCACCUGCAUCGCAAGCAUCCAGGUCAAAGUGACAGCUUGCUCUUUGCAUGCCCUCUGUGUUCAUUCCGGACCGUGCGUGAAGACAAUUACAAGGCCCACUUAUCUGAUCAUAGUUCUUCAGAGGCACAGUCACUAAAUAACGCCUCAGCUCUAUGUUCUGGUGAACAAACAGCCAACCUUUCUUCAGCCCUCACUUUAGGAGACAUUGUUGGCUUUGCACAGUCUACUUCAUGAACCACUGCUGCUUUCAAGCUUUCUUAAAUUAAGCUGUUUCACUUGUUUAACUUCUGCUCUGAAGACUGUUUAGUGAAAGAGCAGUAUUUAAGAUCCCUGUCCUUUCUCCUCCUUUAAGAUCAUCUGCAAUGGUAGCUUAGCAGGUAAGGUGUCAUGCUGCUAAGCUCAAAAACACAGGUGUGAUACCUAGCCUUGGCAGCCACAUUUUACUGCAGGCGAAAUGCAAGAACACCAACGUGCUUAGAUUGAGGUGUACACCAAAAAAAACCCAGGUGGUCGAAGUCAAUUCAGAGUCCUCCAUGGUGGCGUGGCUCAUAAUCAUAUCAGGGUUUUGUCACAAAAAAUCCCGGCAUUUUUUAAUUAUUAUUAUUAACGUUGAACAUUGCAGAAUGUUCAUCAAAUGACUGAACACAUCCAACCCGAGUACAUUCCACCAUUUCUACUAAACUCCAGAACAAAACAGGCAGCUGGUAUAGAUGAGAUGUAUCUUAUCUCUGACACCUUGUUUGUGUACUGGGCGUCACAAUGCUAAAGCAACAUGCCUCAAUGCAUAGAAGUUGGGUUAUGUAGGAUGUUGAACUAGGAACAAUGUAUUACAGCUCUUUAAUACAUAAAAGCUGGUUGCUAUGGUUGUCAAACUUUGAAAACUUCCUAAUUUGAGUGUGUGGAUCACUUUCUAUAUGUUUCUGUUUUUUUCUCUCACCUUUGCUCUGUGGUGGGAUGCUGGCAACAUGUGUUAAGAAUUCUGUGCUCUGCUUUAACGCAUAUUGUGAUGAAUAUUAAUCCUCCUGAAAGCUGAUAUAUAUAUAUAUAUAUAUAUAUAUAUAUAUAUAUAUAACUUUGGGCAAAUGACAAUCUCUUAAAUCGACCUGUGCUGCUUAAAUAGAACAAGUGCUUCUGACAAGAUUAAAGUAUAACCUGGUUACAACGGAUCUGCUUACAACAGACAUUUGGCAUUUGGAUACUACAUACCAAUUUGUGGCAUUAUGUUGAUCUUCCUAUCUGUACCAUUGAUCGAGAUUCGUUUACAAUGUAUCCGGAUACAACAGACAUUCGUAUAUAAUUGACCGAAAUAAGAGGCCAGAAAAGUAGUGAGCACUCCUUUACAGCAGACUUUUCGCAUCGCUUGGCAUACUUCCAAGACGGGAGCAAUGUGCCUGUGGUGUUAACACAGGUGGCGGCCACUUUGAGACGGCCGGGCUUGGCUUGGAUCGAUCUGGCUAUCGAGGCUUACUAUGACUAAUGGCUAAUGCAUUGUACGAAAAUCAAUCCAUAAUUUUUAAUGAUAACAGUGUUAUCAAAGCAAAAAAGCAUCUGCUUAUCGACUCAAAAACAAACAAACAUUAAAGCGAUACUUCCUUAGCAAUUGCAUACUUUUGCCAAAGUAAAAAAAAUAAUAGAAAGUGCUCACUUGGUAGCGACCCCUCCCAAAAUAGAAGUUACGGUCGGCAUGAUGCUGACAGUGGGUGCUUUGUUUGGCUGGGGCUGUUUCGACGUUUUUUUAGUCCUCUCCUCGUGUAUCGUGUGCAUUGGUUCAUUGCGGAUGUGAUCACGGUGUGAUGGAGCCUAUGGAGCCGAGCACAUCAGCCAAUGUCGCGCAUCGUAAGCCACUGAAAGCUAUGGAGCGUGAGCAGAUGUCCCUGAAAAACAA